AUGAGAUAUGAUAUGAUACUAUGGUACAAUGUGGUACAGUAUGAACAGGUAAUGAUUCGUGAGCCCGAGAAACACCAAGGAGGUGAUAACGGCGCCGUCCAUAAAACCCAGCCUGUGAGUCCAACCACACCAGCAGAGAUAGUCCAGCAGACGGGACGUCGCCUUGCAAGAUACUAUGAUCGGUUUAAAGUUCCAUUCGAGUUCAAUGCCAUUGCACAGAAAUGGGAAACCAUCAGAGUUGAGGAGUUGAAGAUAAAGGAAAAUGAACUUCUUGUAGUGAAUACUAUGUUUAGAUUUCAGAAUCUACUUGAUGAGACAGUUGUGUUGAAUAGUCCCCGGGAUGCUGUUUUAAGUUUAGUAAGGAAGGCAAAUCCCACUAUCUUUAUACAUGGUACUGUCAAUGGGAGCUACAAUGCUCCAUUCUUUGUAACAUGGUUCCGGGAGGCCCUUUUCCAUUAA